UUUAUCAAGUAUUAACAUUUAGUACUUUAGAUUUCAAAGAACUUAUUAUGUAUAAUGGUAAUCUACUAAAGAAUAGCCAUCUUUGGUCAAAUAGAAAUGCCCUGAAAUCAAAAUAAUUACAGUCUCAUUAAUGUGGCUCGUGUUGUUCCCACACUAAUCAUUGUAGUUUCUCUUCGGACUGUAGCUGUCUUCUGAAAUAUUUUCUUUUAGGAUAUUGUGCGACGUAUAUACACUGCUUAUCCUCAUCAUAGCUGGUAAAACUUGUUAUCAAUUACUUGAAUCAGUCUACUUCUAAUGAAUAUUUAUGAUUACUCCGACGUUCAUCUCCCACUCCCACCGUUUUGUUUACCUACACUUUAGAAGUGUUCAACAACCAACAAAAGUUAACGGUAUUAUAGUUUCCUGUGUUUUAUAAUUAAACUAUGUGAAAACCAUCCGAAGACCUUGGACAUAAAAAAAUUAAUUAGCUAACCUCAUUACAGAAAACAAGUCUGCCCUUACAAGAAUUUGUCACUGACAUGGAGCGAAGUACAGACAGUCAAGGAGAAGAAUCCAGUUAUCAAGAGCAAACCUAUUAUGAAGGACUAGAUGGUUCCUUGCAGGAUCAUGAUACAGACUAUCAAACUGGAGAUAUCGAACAGAGGUCACCACUUCGGGAACAAGACCGAUUUCUUCCAAUAGCAAACGUGGCGAAAAUUAUGAAGAGAGCUGUACCUGGAAACGGAAAAAUUGCUAAAGAUGCUAAAGAAUGUGUGCAGGAAUGUGUAUCUGAAUUCAUUAGUUUUAUCACUAGCGAAGCAGCAGAUAAAUGUCAAACGGAAAAGCGCAAGACUAUCAACGGUGAGGAUAUCCUAUGUGCAAUGAAUACUCUAGGUUUCGAUAAUUAUAUUGAACCACUGAGGGCAUUUUUGGUCAAAUUUCGAGAGAUUAGCAAACUUGAAUCCUCUUUCAUCGAUGAAUCAUCUGCUGCCAGUACAAUGUCUACAGUUUCCCCAGCUGUUGGUUCAACGGUAAUCUUCGCCCCUACGCUUUUAUCAACCAGCACCAGUAACCUGACAAGUAUAUCGUCACGACCCCUUCCUGGUAGACAGUAUACUGUUGUUAAUGGAUCGAAUGAUAUUGAGCAUAACAAUGUGCACUCCAUAUCAACUGCAGAUAUUAAAGUAGCAAAUGCAGCAAUGGCCGCGCUGGGUACUCCUGUGUCUACAUCUUUAGGGACAACAAUAAUAUUACCUAUAUCCGCUCCUUUAACAUUUGUCAGUGGACCUCAACCCUCAGUCUCGUUAGCUGACCAGUCGACUAAUUCAACCUCUUGAUUUUAACAAUAACAAAAACAAUGUAUAUCGUAUUGUGCUGGUCUCUUUACACCUGUGUAUUAUCGAUGUAUGUAUCUGCUUACUUUUUUCAUGUAUGCAGCACUUGUUUUCAUUCAUUGUUCAUAUAUAAAAAACAUUAUUAGUUGACUCUUGGUCAGAAUGUUUUUUCUUUACGAUUCAAACGAUUAAAAGUUUAUUGUACACCUGUCUUCUCACCCUGAAAGGGGGGCAUAUAUAUAAGCAGCACAAUGUGAGUACUUUCUCCACAAAAUUAUUAUUGAUUAUUUUUCUUUGUUCUCAUAAACAAUAUCAGUAAUAAUCACUAAGAUGCUCACAUAUUACGUUUAUAAUAUAUUUACUAACACUAAUAUUAAUGACAAUGCUGUUUCUAAUAUCAUUAUCAUCAUCAGUAUUGGUGGGUGCAUUAUGAUGAGAAUUUCCAGUGUGUUGCAUAUUCUUUCUAUUGCCAAUGUUAUAUGCUAUCCUGAAUCAUUGACGUAUCAUUAAUUCAUUGUUUACUUCUACAACUGCUGACGAAUGUCUUUAUUUCCUUUUAUUACCCUCCCCCUCACACACACACAGUUUAUGGAUUACUCGCUCUCCUGUGUGUAUGUGUGUUUGUAUGUAUGUAUAUAUGUAUGCAUGUGGUGUGUAUCUGUUGUGACGCAAAUCCACCUAUUCAUCAAAACACUACUUUUACCAUUUCUGAAUGUGAUGAUUAUAAUAAAUAACGAAAGCGAAGAAAUAAGGCUUUGUUUUCACCUUUUAGUAGCUAAGUUGGUUUUUGUUCUUUUGUUUCAUUCCCUCCCCCUACCUCCCUCAUUUUUGUACUUGUUGUCAUUGUUUCUCUGUAAUAUAUAUAUAUACAUACAUACAUGCGCACUCAUAAUAUAAUAUCUGUAUAUGUUGAUAAAUGAUUGGCUUUAAUUGAUAUA